AUGAGCACUAUAGAUGACGCCGAGCACCGUGAAAAAAGCCUCGAGAAAAAAACGAUUACCACUUCAGAUGAUUUAUUACAAGAUAAUCAAAGUAAAUUCGCGGCUGUUGAGCAGUCACCGUUCGAAGAAGUAGCUGCAGCUGUACCAAAUACCGAUGAUGUGACAAUGAUGGCGAAUACAUUUAGAACUUGGUUUAUCGGCAUUCUGUUUAUUGUUCUAUUAACCUGUGUGAAUCAGUUUUUCUUCUUUCGAACAACUCCACUAGUUGUAAGCGGGGUCAUUGUACAGAUUUUAAGCAUGCCAUUAGGUUUAUUUAUGGCCAAAGUCUUACCAACAAAAGCUGUUUACAUUGGGAAAUGGCAUU